AUGGCAGACAGGAGUAUCAAAGGUUCUUAUGAAGAUGACUUCCGGUAUCUUUCAGUUCCUCGCCCAGCCCGGGGCUACCAUUCCGACAACGAACUACGGCAGAAAAAAAGGACCACACCCCAACCGUCGUCACCUGUCAUACAAGUGAGAUCUCAAAGACAGAAGCAUCAUUCCACAGCUGUGGAGUCUGGCUACAGUAGCCCAUUUGCAGAAGCACGCUCUCUCCAGAACAAGGGGCCUAUGCAUCGGAACAACGUUGCAUUUGGCCUUGUAACGAACAAACCCUUGGUUACGCAGCCGCGCUCUACUAGCGCAUGUCGGGGCUUCGGCAACAAAGUCUAUCAUUAUAGAUAA